AUUUAACCUCCCCGAGAGGGCCUCAACCCUCGCCCUAUCUCUCUCGCAUUAUCUUGGACACAAGCUCUGUGUCUCUCUGCCAUGGCUGUCGAGAAGAAGCAACCCCUCCAGUCCAGCACCGCCUACAACUCCGCCGCGGGGGGGGGCGCCACCGCCAACGGCCCCAACAAGACCAUCGAGGAGAUGUACCAGAAGAAGACCCAGCUGGAGCACAUUCUCCUCCGGCCCGACACCUACAUCGGCUCCGUCGAGAAGCACACCCAGACCCUCUGGGUCUACGAGAACGGCGAGAUGGUCCACCGCCCGGUGACCUACGUCCCGGGCCUCUACAAGAUCUUCGACGAGAUCCUCGUCAACGCUGCCGACAACAAGCAACGGGAUCCGUCGAUGGACUCCGUCAAGGUGGAGAUUGACGUAGCCGGGAACUGCAUCAGCGUCUACAACAGCGGGGAUGGGAUUCCCGUCGAGAUCCAUCAGGAGGAGGGGGUCUACGUGCCCGAGAUGAUCUUUGGGCACCUGCUGACCAGUAGCAACUAUGACGACAACGUCAAGAAGACGACCGGUGGGAGGAACGGGUACGGGGCAAAGCUCACCAACAUUUUCUCAACCGAGUUCGUCAUCCAGACUGCAGAUGGAAGGAGGCAGAAGAAGUACAAGCAGGUUUUCUCAGAAAAUAUGGGAAAAAAGUCUGAGCCCUCCAUUGUUAAGUGCAAGGAAGGAGAAAACUGGACUAAAGUCACUUUCAAGCCAGAUUUGGCCAAAUUUAACAUGACCCAUCUGGAAGAUGAUGUGGUUGCACUCAUGAAGAAGAGAGUUGUUGAUCUAGCAGGAAUCCUUGGCAAAUCUGUCAAGGUUGAGUUAAAUGGACAGCGGAUUCCUGUGAAGUCAUUCGGUGACUAUGUCAACUUAUACCUUCAAUCUGCUUCUAAGUCCAGACCUGAGCCUCUUCCAAGGAUUUCGGAGAAAGUGAAUGAUAGGUGGGAGAUCUGUGCUAGUUUAAGCGAAGGGCAAUUCCAGCAGGUCAGCUUUGUGAAUGGGAUUGCCACAGUAAAAGGUGGAACUCAUGUGGAAUAUGUUACUAACCAAAUCACGAGCCAUGUGAUGAGCAUUGUAAAUAAGAAGAACAAGAAUGCUAACCUCAAAGCCCAUAACGUGAGAAGUCACUUAUGGGUUUUUGUCAACGCACUUAUCGACAACCCAGCCUUUGAUUCACAGACAAAAGAAACCUUGACCACUCGUCAAGGAAGCUUUGGUUCAAAGUGCGAGCUUUCACAGGAGUUUCUUAAAAAGGUGGCUAAAUCGGGAGUUGUAAAUAGCCUCCUCUCAUGGGCUGAUUUCAAGCAGAGUAAGGAAUUGAAGAAGACAGAUGGAACCAAGAGGCAGAGAAUUGUGGGCAUUCCUAAACUUGAAGAUGCUAAUGAUGCUGGUGGAAGGAACUCUGAGAAGUGUACCUUGAUUUUGACAGAGGGAGAUUCAGCAAAGGCUCUUGCUAUGGCUGGUAUCUCUGUAGUAGGAAGGAACCACUAUGGUGUGUUCCCUCUGAGGGGUAAGCUACUGAAUGUGAGGGAAGCAAGCCACAAGCAGAUAAUGGACAAUGCAGAAAUCCAGAGCAUUAAGCAAAUUCUCGGUUUGCAGCAGGGGAAGGAGUACGAAAGCACCAAAGGUUUAAGAUAUGGACAUCUCAUGAUAAUGACCGAUCAGGAUCAUGAUGGCUCCCACAUCAAGGGCCUCUUGAUUAACUUCAUACAUUCAUUUUGGCCAUCACUGCUGAAAAUCCCAUCGUUCAUGGUUGAAUUCAUCACACCUAUAGUGAAGGCAACUCAUAACAGAAACAAAAAUGUCCUGCCAUUCUACUCCAUGCCUGAGUAUGAAGCAUGGAAAGAAAGUUUGGGAGGGAACGCAAGUGGCUGGUCUAUUAAGUAUUAUAAGGGGUUGGGAACAAGCACAUCAAAAGAAGGAAAGGAAUAUUUCCAAGAUAUUGUUAAGCAUAAGAAAGAUUUUAUGUGGGUUGAUAAUCAAGAUGGAGAUGCUAUUGAAUUGGCAUUCAGCAAGAAAAAGAUUGAGGCUAGGAAAAACUGGCUUCGCCAAUUUGAGCCGGGAACAUAUCUUGAUCAAAGGGAGAAGCUCAUCAAAUACAGUGAUUUUGUCAACAAGGAGCUGAUCUUGUUCUCUAUGGCAGAUUUGCAGCGGUCUAUACCAUCAAUGGUUGAUGGCCUGAAACCAGGCCAGAGAAAAAUUUUGUUUUGCUCAUUUAAGAGGAAUUUUGUCAAGGAAGCUAAGGUUGCUCAAUUUGCUGGCUAUGUUUCGGAACAUUCAGCCUACCAUCAUGGUGAGCAGAGUCUUGCUAGCACCAUUAUUGGAAUGGCUCAAGAUUUUGUUGGUAGCAACAACAUAAACCUUCUGCAACCUAAUGGACAAUUUGGCACCAGGCACCAAGGAGGCAAAGAUCAUGCCAGUGCAAGGUAUAUCUACACUCGCUUAUCACCACUGACCCGGUUCUUGUUUCCCAAGGAUGAUGAUAUUCUUCUUGACUACUUAAAUGAAGAUGGCCAAUUGAUUGAACCAACUUGGUACAUGCCCAUUAUACCAAUGGUUUUAGUCAAUGGGAGUGAAGGGAUUGGUACCGGAUGGAGCACCUUUGUUCCUAAUUACAACCCAAGAGACAUUGUUGCUAAUGUUAGACGGUUGCUAAAUAAUGAGCCAAUGCAGCCUAUGGACCCCUGGUACAGGAGUUUCAAGGGUCUAAUUGAGAAAUCAGCAUCAAAGGAAGCUGGUGUUACCUACACCAUCACUGGUCUCGCUGAGGAGGUUGACAGCACAACGUUAAAAAUCACAGAGUUGCCGAUUAGAAGAUGGACUCAGGAUUACAAGGAAUUUCUUGAAUCACUGAUGACUGGGAAUGAUAAGAUUAAGGAACCAUUUAUCAAGGACUACCGAGAGCAAAAUGAUGAUGUUAAUGUGCAUUUUGAGAUUAUUUUGACUGAGGAGAAGUUGAAUAUGGCCAGAGAAGAAGGCCUUGAGAAGAAGUUUAAGCUCACUACGACCAUCAGCACUACUAAUAUGCACCUGUUUGAUUCAAAAGGUGUCAUCAAGAAAUAUGAUACCCCAGAACAAAUUCUCGAGGACUUCUUUCAUUUGAGGCUUGAAUUUUAUGCCAAAAGAAAGAAAGCGCUCUUGGACAAUCUUGAGUUGGAUUUGCUCAAGCUGGAUAACAAAGUCAGGUUCAUUCUUGGUGUAGUUAGAGGCGAGAUAAUAGUCAAUAAUCGGAAAAGAGCAGAUUUGUUCCUCGAGCUGCAGCAAAAAGGCUUCGCUCCUUUCCCAAAGAAAUCAAAGGGCAUUGAUGCUGCCAUUGCUGGAGCCACGGUAGAAGAAGAUGGAAAUGAAGAGAGCCCGGAAGUGGUGAAUGGUGGUGGAGCAAGAGCUGCCGAUUAUGAAUAUCUGCUCUCCAUGGCCAUAGGAACCUUGACUUGGGAAAAGGUUCAGGAGCUCUGUGCAGAAAGGAAGAAACUAGAGGAUGAGGUUGAGGAACUGAGAAAGUCCUCACCGAGGGACUUAUGGAUGAAAGAUCUUGAUGCUUUCGAAAUGGAGCUUGAUGAGCAAGAACGAAAAGAUGCCGAGGAAGGAAUAAAAAGAGAGACUAGAAUGAAGAACAUUACUGGUGCUGCAUUGUCUAAACAAGGACCUAAGAAGCCACGGAAGAACAAUGCAAAUAACUCCUCUACUGUAUCGGACGUUACCUCCACUGAUGCAGGCAAUGCUCCUGAGGCUUCAAAACCAAAACCUAGAGGACGCGCAAAGAAAGCUCCAGCAAAGAAGGUUGCGGUGGUUGAGAGUGAUGAAGAUGAUGAAGAAGAAGUACUUGCAUUAAAGGACCGGCUGGCCGCUUAUAACCUUGAUUCUUCCCCAGAUCAUCAAUCUGCCAUGGAAACUGAAGCAGUAUUAAGCCAGAAAGAACAGAGGAAGAAAGAACCUAGCAAAAGGACAGCUGCAAGGAAGGCUCCAUCAACCUUUACGGAGAUUUCUGAUGGUGAUGACGCUGAAGAUGACAUGCCAACCAUUCUGGAAGAUGAUGAUGAUGAGGAUUUUGAGCUGGUGGAAGCCCCCCCUAAAGGAGGGAAAGCUAGAGGGAAAAAGCCUGCAAAUGAGAAGGCAAAGGGAGGGAAAGCUGGCACAACAACCACAAGAAAGAGGGGAACAGCACAGAGCAAGCCAGUUCUGAGUCAGAAGCUGAUUACUGAAGUGUUGAAGCCGGUGGAGAAUACUGGGAUUUCACCUGAGAAGAAAGUCAGGAAGAUGAGGGCCUCUCCCUUCAACAAGAAAAGUGGGUCGGUAUUGGGUAGGAUUGGAAGUUCUCCAACCAGCAGUGAAGAGUCUGGCAGUUCCUCACCCGGAAACCCAGCUGAGUUGAAUGAGGUUCUGGCAGCAGCAGCUCGACCGAAGAGGGAGAACAGCAGGAGAGCCGUGUAUAUCGAGAGUGAUUCAGAUAUGGAAGAUGAACCCGCAGCUGACGAUGAUUCAGAUUUCGAGGAGGAAGAGGACUAG